CUUUGUUUCGCGACUCUCACUACAAUGACUUUCUUUGAUCAUAGUGAAGAACUCGGCCACUCACAGGUUACAGCACAGUCGGUUCAUUGUGAGUGGGUUCAUUCAGACGAGAAUUGAAAAAUGAUCUAGGAUAUGGGAAACUAUAUCUGUUCCGCUGGUAUCCAAAGCAGUUCUUAAUUACUCCAGCUUCAUCAUCUUCGACUGCAACUCAAGCACCUCCUCGACCAUAUCUCAACUCAUAGCCACUGGUGGCGAUGAGUGAAACCACAAUAUGUGCUGGCUAACGGAAAGCUACCACAUCUGUUCUCACUGGGGACCUCGCAAAGUACACACAGCUUGCGCGCGAGGCGAAUCCUCCAAAUCGGUGACCGGUUGCUGGGAUAAUAUCAUCCUCGGCGUCGCCAAACAACCAUUGGCUUGUCCGAGCUGUAUAUAUCGUGCUGAAAUGGAGAUAACUUUCCAAGUCUCCCAUGUGCUUCAUGAUAGCAGUUCAUCAGAAGGUGAAUUUGAGCCUGCUGCCAAUAAAGAGAGGAGAAGUUCAGAGGGAAGCGAGACAGAGUGGGUGGAGGAUUUGGAGGUAAGGUGGGAGGCUAAUUGGAUUGAGACAAAGGAAGCAGUGAGGACGGAAGAGGAGGCGAAGCAUAAGCAUAAGACAAAGAAUUCGAGACACGGGAAAUGGUGUGCUUGGAGGUAUCAUAAGAGUACUGCUGAAUUGUUGAGGAGUUGAGAUGAUAGUUCGUUCGAGAGGAUGGUGAUCAAGCGAGACUUUUUGGGCGGGAGCAAUAGAUACCCUUGCACAGACAUUUUUCAAGUUGUGGUGGAAGCUCUCCAGAAGCUUAGAAACACGAUUCACUUAGCC